AAGAUGGCGGCUCGCUGGAGCAGUGAGAAUGUGGUGGUGGAGUUCCGGGAUGCACAGGCCACCGCCAUGUCAGUGGACUGUCUGGGUUCACACGCUGUGUUGUCCGGUCGGCGUUUCCUGUACAUGGUGAACCUGGAGGCUCCGUCUGAACCUCCUCGUAAGAUCGGCCGUCAGAGUAAAUGGGACGUCGGGACGGUUCAGUGGAACCCGCACAAGUUAGAGUCUCACGUCUUCGCUGCCUCCAGUAACCAGCGAGUGGAUCUGUACUCGUGGAGAGACGGAUGUGGAGAAGUUCACACAUCUCUGCAGGGACACACCCGGGUCAUCAGUGAUCUGGACUGGUCCUGGUUUGAACCCGAGUUCCUGGUGACCAGCUCAGUGGACACGUACAUCUACAUCUGGGACACCAGAGACACUCGGAAACCCACAGUGGCGCUUUCAGCUGUCGCCGGAGCGUCUCAGGUCAAGUGGAACAAGAAGAACCAAAAUCUGCUGGCGUCAAGUCACGACGGAGACGUUAGGAUCUGGGAUAAAAGAAAGCCGAACACGGCAGCAGAGUACGUAGCGGCUCACCUGUCGAAGAUCCACGGACUCGACUGGCACCCGGACAACGAGUUCAUCCUCGCUACGUCCAGCCAGGACAACUCCGUCAGGUUCUGGGAUUACCGACAGCCCAGGAAGUACCUGAACAUCCUUUCCUGCCAGGUACCGGUGUGGAAAGCCCGCUACACGCCGUUCUCUAACGGUCUGGUCACAGUGAUGGUUCCUCAGCUGAGGAGAGAGAACAGUCUGCUGCUGUGGAGCACGAUCGACCUCAACAGUCCCGUUCACGCCUUCGUCGGACACGAUGACGUCGUCCUCGAGUUCCAGUGGCGGCCGCAGAAAGAAGGCUCUAAGGACUACCAGCUGGUCACGUGGUCCAGAGAUCAGACUCUGAGGAUCUGGAGGGUUGAUCCUCAGCUGCAGAAGCUGUGUGUGAGCGACGGCGUGGAGGACCUGAUGGAGGGAAUGUCUCUGACGGUGGAGUCUGAGAAGUCUCUGUCGUCUCAGGAGCCGGACAGUCAGCACGCAGCCGGCCUCGCUGCCGACAGUCUGCAGGAUCAGGACGGUCGGCAGGACUCAGCGGCAGGUUCGGGUCUCCCUCAGACGCUGCAGCAGGAAUUCUCUCUGGUCAACCUGCAGAUCAGGAACGUCAACGUGGAGAUGGACGCGGUGAAUCGUAGCUGCGUGGUGUCGGCUCACUUCGGCGGUCAUCAGGUUCAUCUGGUGGUGAAGUUUCCCGCUCAGUACCCGAACAACGCCGCUCCCACCUUCCAGUUCGUCUCCCCGACAACCAUCCCCUCCGCCAUGAGGACCAAGAUCCAGAAGACUCUAACAGACACAUCGCUUCAGAAGGUGAAGAGGAACCAGAACUGUUUGGAGCCGUGUGUCAGACAGCUGGUUUCCUGUCUGGAGUCUGACAUGACGCAGGAGGACGGUCCGGCGUCCGGCCCUUUCGUCCUGUCCAAUCCCGUCACUCCGGCCCUGCAGGCAUUCCCUCGAGUCAGCAACACGUACGGCUCCUAUCAGGACGCUAACAUCCCGUUCCCUCGGACCUCCGGAGCUCGUUUCUGUGGCACCGGCUGUCUGGUUUACUUCACCCGACCAACCACAAUGCACCGCUCUGUCCCGCCCACCGAGCCCACGCCCAGGUCCCUGUCGGCUCUGUCGGCCUAUCACAGCGGAGUGUUGACUCCUAUGAAGAUGCGUUCAGAGUCUCAGAGCACGCUGCGGCUUUACAGCGGCAGCCCGACUCGCUCCGACAAAGACACCGUGUCCAUCUCGUCCUUCUACUAUAAAGAGCGGACGCUCCCAAUCUCUGCCUCGCGCCGUUGGUCUGUCCAAACCCUCCAUGAUUGGCCGAAAUCCCGCCGCUUUAAGACGAAGCGAGAGACCGACUACAGCAACCGUCCCAUCAAACUGGCCGGCAAAGUCAUCAUCCAGGGCAUUUCCUGUCUGCUGCCGGUCCACAAGAGUCUGGGAGAGAGCUACAUUCUGAACAUGAACGACAUCCAGGAAACGUGUCAGAAGAACGCAGCGGCGGCGCUUUCAGUCGGACGCAGAGACGUGGCGAAGGUUUGGGCCCUGGCAUCUGCAGCCACCAGUCAGGACCUGAGUCCAGAUUCAGACCCGGACACAGAGACUCCGUGGGCCAGACAUCCGUUUGGUCGCCACCUGCUGGAGACACUUCUGGAUCACUACAGUCAGAUGAGUGACGUUCAGACGUUGGCGAUGCUGUGCAGCGUGUUCAGAGCUCAGGCUCCGCCUCCAGACUGUUACUCUCUGUACGGACACCAUCAGUCACGCUUCCCCCCCCACCACUCCAGAUACCCCAGCUACACUUCCAGCUCCGUCACCUCUGGUUCCUGCUCCAGCACCUCAGACUCCAUCACUACAACCACCUGGAACGCCGGUCGAGAGUCGGAGCACGCCAACCCCUGGGGCGAAUCCUCUCCUGACGACUAUCGCUACGGUAACCAGGGUUACACAGACCCGCGGGAACGAGAGCGGGAGCAGCACGACAUGAACAAGAGGCUGCUGGACCCCGCCAACACGCUGCAGUUUGACGACUUUAAGAAAUGCUACGGAGAGAUUUUACACCGCUGGGGUCUGAGAGAGAAACGAGCCGACGUCCUGAAGUUCGCUUCCUGUCCGCCUGAACCGCACAAAGGCAUCGAGUUCGGCGUGUACUGCUGUCACUGUCGCAGUCAGGCUCGGGGGACGCAGUGCGCCGUCUGUAAGCGUCUCACCUUCCAGUGCGCCAUCUGUCACGUGGCCGUUCGAGGCUCCUCCAACUUCUGCCUGAGCUGCGGACACGGAGGACACACCAGUCACAUGAUGGACUGGUUCCGCCGCCAGGACGAGUGUCCGGCCGGCUGCGGCUGCCACUGUCUGCUGCAGAGCACUUUCUGAGGGGCGUAACCACGGCAACGUUAGUCCGUCCAACACUACGACGACAUCAUCAUCUCACAGACUGACGGACGGGAAAUCUACUCUGGAUAAAAUCACCGUCUGCGGAGGGUCAAACGUUUCCUCUGGUGUCACUAAUGAGCCGGCUGACGUCAUGGAGAGAAAAUAAAGUCAUUUAUGAGCAAAGAUGAACAGAAAUCAUGUUAAAGUAUAAUAUUUAAAGAGUCAUUUAACGCAGACUCUCCUAAACUACUGGAGGCUUUUUAGGAAGAGUUAAAUUACUCUUUAAACCAGGAGGACAACAGGCUCCUUUUAAUGAGGCCUGUUG